AUGCAGGAUAAACAUUCCCAAAAUAGGUAUGUCAGAAACUUUACCCUUUACCUCUGACUGGAAAGCAAUCAUGCUUGUCUAUAUGGGCUUAAAUUUGAUGAAGUUAUGAGAAUUUCAUUGCCUUUCCUUCACAAGAAAAGGCACUUUAUUUUGAUAAUUUUUUCACAAGCACCAAUUCGCUGGAACACUGACUUGCCAAAAACACAUAUGCUUGUGGAACUGUUUGUUAGAGAAUUGCCACCACAUGCAAAGAACAAGUUUUGCUGGUAG